CUUCCGGGAAAAGAGUAAACAAUUGUAGCCCGUUUACAUUCCUCCCGAAUAACGCGAUAAAUAAUUUGUUUUUUGACUUUAGACAACCAUCCAGUCCAACAACAAAAUGUUCUCAUUUCACGUAUAUGAUCACCCCAUGGCUCGGGGCUUUCAGAAUCGCUUUUCCACACAGUACCGCUGUUACUCCGUAUCGAUGUUGGCAGGUCCCAAUGACCGCUCCGACGUGGAAAAAGGAGGAAAAAUCAUAAUGCCCCCCUCAGCUCUUGAUCAGCUCAGUAAGCUCAACAUCACCUACCCGAUGCUCUUUAAGUUGACCAACAAGAACUCGGACAGAAUGACACAUUGUGGUGUUUUGGAGUUCGUGGCAGAUGAGGGGAUUUGUUAUUUACCUCACUGGAUGAUGCAGAAUCUCUUGCUGGAGGAAGGUGGUCUUGUACAGGUGGAAAGUGUAAACCUCAUGGUGGCCACUUACUCAAAAUUUCAGCCUCAGAGCCCUGACUUCCUGGACAUCACAAACCCCAAAGCAGUGCUAGAAAAUGCACUUCGAAACUUUGCCUGUCUGACAACUGGAGAUGUAAUCGCUAUCAAUUAUAAUGAAAAAAUUUAUGAGUUACGGGUAAUGGAGACCAAGCCAGAUAAAGCAGUUUCAAUUAUUGAGUGUGACAUGAAUGUGGAUUUUGAUGCUCCAUUGGGUUACAAGGAGCCUGAAAGACGGUCUCAGCACCAGGAAGAGCCACAGGAGGAAGAUAGUGACCCAAGUACUUAUGCCGAUAUGGACUUGGGAUUUAGAGCUUUUACUGGAUCUGGCAAUCGAUUGGAUGGCAAAACAAAAGGAAUUGAACCCAGCCCUGCACCUCUUGCAGCAAGUGACAUCAAACGAGGUAUCCCAAACUAUGACUUCAAAGUUGGACGAAUCACUUUCAUUAGGAACUCAAGACCAUUGCCUAAGAAAGUCAUAGAUGAUGAUGAUGCAAUGAGCAGAUUCAUUGCCUUUUCUGGAGAAGGACAGUCACUGCGCAAGAAGGGCAGAAAGCCCUGAAGUGUUCCGCUGAAGAUGCUUAAUUUAACAGCAAAGUAAAAAAGUAAAAAGAAAAAAAGAAAUUUCCUUUUUCUUUUGAACUGUGUGUUAUUUCAUUACA